AAAAAAAACAGUGGCCUCAAAACCAUAUUCGUAUUUCAAAACAAAACAAAGCCAAUGGAGAGAAAUCUGAACAUAUGACAAAUUCAUGCCAGCCAAUACUACUCGUACGCUUCUGCUAAGACUCAAUCAUGUUAACUUUACCGCCUCCUUUCCCUUCCAAGCAAACUAUCGUUCUCUCCAUUUCAACAACCUUCUGAAUUCUUGCUCUUCUCUAACGCAACUUAAAUGGAUCCAUGCUCUCAUCCUAGUAAAUGGGAUCCAUCAAAGCAUUUCUCUUUCCACCAAGCUCAUCACCGUGGCUUGCGCGCUAGGCCCGACCAUGGGCUAUGCACGCAAGCUGUUCGACCGAAUGCCUGAACCAGAUGUCUUCGCUUGGAAUAUUUUGAUCAGGGGUUAUGCUGAUUUGGGACCUUGUACUGAGGCCCUAGUUCUCUACAGAGAUAUGCACCGAGCGAGAUUGCUUCCUGAUAACUAUACGUUCACUUUUGUUCUCAGGUCUUCUGCUCUGCUAUCGGCCUUGCGGGAAGGGAAAGAAGCGCAUUGUAAUAUUAUUAAAAACGGGCUUGAUUCUGAUGUGUUUGUGCAGAGCUCCUUGCUCUCAAUGUAUGCACAAUGUGGGGAGACUUCGAGCAUGGAGAUUGUGUUUUAUGAGAUGGGUGUAAGGAACAUAGUGUCUUGGACUGCUGUGGUAGCGGGUUAUGUACAAAAUGGAUUUUGUGAACAAGGGUUGCGCGCUUUUAAAGACAUGGUGGCUUCAGGGACUCAACCAAACGCAGUUACCUUGGUUAGUAUUCUUCCAGCUUGUGCUAGUUUGAAGUUUUUUAAUCUUGGGAAGCUGAUUCAUAGUUAUGGAUUUAAACUAGGCGUGGACUCAAACAUUUCUGUAGGAAAUGCUCUGAUUGCGUUAUAUGGCAAGGGUGGUCAUUUGGAUGUGGCUAGAUCUAUGUUUGAUAGGACAGUUGGGACGCGGAACCUGGUGUCCUGGAAUGCAAUGAUUGCAGCUUAUGAACAAAAUAAUGCUGGAAGUGAUGCAAUAAAGCUCUUCAGGAGGAUGCAAUGUGAGAAGGUAGAAUAUGAUUAUGUAACAUUAGUUAGUGUAAUUUCAGCUUGUGCUAAUCUUGGAGCUCUCAAGACUGGGAAAUGGAUACAUGAGCUUGUUAAAAGAAAAGGUUUUGAAAGCAACAUUUCAAUAACUAAUGCACUCAUUAAUAUGUAUGCAAAAUGUGGAAAUAUCGACUGGGCCAAGAAUGUUUUCGAGAGAUUGCAUCACAGAAGUGUUGUGUCCUGGACUUCAUUGAUAGGGGCCUGUGCAUCUCAUGGCCAUGGAGUUGAAGCCCUCAAUCUCUUCUCAAAAAUGCAAGAAGAUGGAAUUAGACCAAAUAUAUUCACUUUCACUGCUCUAUUAAAUGCUUGUAGGCAUUCAGGUCUGGUAGAAGAAGGAAAAAAGCAUUUUGAGAGUAUCAUAAAGGAUUACGCAAUAUUGCCUGGUGUUGAGCAAUGUGCUUGUAUGGUUGAUCUUCUUGGUCGAGCCGGUCGUUUGAUGGAAGCCUAUGAAUUUAUUGAAAGAAUGCCAAUUGAGCCAGAUGCAAAUGUUUGGGGAGCUUUACUUGGGGCUUGCAGAAUCCAUGGCAAUGUUGAGCUUGCUGAGCUAGUGGCAGACAAGCUGUUCCAGUUGGAGCCUCAAACUGUCGCAUUUUAUGUCCUUAUGUCAAAUAUCUAUGCUGAAGCUGGUAGAUGGGAAGAUGCUGCAAGAUUGAAAAACCUAAUGAGGGAAAGGGAGGUAAGGAAAAUCCCUGGGCAGAGUUCUGUUGAAGUGAAUAGGAAAUUCUAUAGUUUCCUUUCUAGAUCGAGAUUGAGAUACUCGGUCAGUUAGACUUAUCAUCUUGUAGACUGCAACAGGAAAAGGCCAAUUCAUUUGUUUAAGGUCUCCAAUAACUCUCAGAAGGACAAUAGAAGUUCCUCUCGGGAGCAAGCGCUCAUAAACCAUUACACUACUGCACUGUGAACAAAUAUUUAUUCAAGGUUACAGUCAACCAAGCCUCCAGCGUGAAUAUCUAGAUUCGAACUAGCAAAUAUGCUGUAUAUAUAUGCUUGUUGUUGUAAAGUAUUUAAAUCUAGCUCCAAAUUCCUGGAAGUCAUUACUUUAUUCUUGAUAAGGUAGCUCCCUUGUUCCAGGACUAAUAACACUUCUCCCCGUCCAGAGUGUGAUUGAAAGUCUCAAAUAUGGCCAUGAUUUCUUCUUCGUUCAGAGCAAACAGAUAUCUGUGUGUUUUAGAAGCAGAGCUGCGUACUCCUUGCAUUGUACAAACAAAUUUUUUGUAAGAUUUUUAUAAGUCUCCCCUAACCAUAUUACAUUUCAGUCAUUUGGGAUAA